AAUUACAAGGCGCCGUGUCCCAACUCGUAGUGUUAUAAUUCGGAUGGGUUUUGCAACCUAGAGUAUAGAACCAGGAAGUACCUUCUGUCUCUUGUAGUAACUAGGGUUUAGUACUUCUGAUUGGUAUUAUCGUUGCGGAGGACUCCUAGCGUUAACAAUGGCAGACUUCUCAGAAGAUCAGAUUGCUGAUUUCAAAGAAGCAUUCCAACUUUUUGACUUGAGAGGAGAUAAUAAGAUCGGUUACAUUCAGUGUGGUGAUGUACUGCGUGCCCUUGGCCAGAACCCUACUAAUGCUGAAGUUAUGAAGGUGCUGGGAAACCCCAAGCAAGAUGAAAUGAAUACCAAGUUCCUGAGUUUCGAACAGUUUCUUCCCAUUUUGCAAACUGUUAACAAGAACAGGGAUCAAAGUACAGUUGAAGAGAUCACAGAUGGCUUCAGAGUCUUUGACAAGGAAGGGAAUGGCAAAAUUACAUCAUCUGAAGUCCGUCAUGUCCUAACUUCUCUUGGUGAGAAGAUGAGAGAAGACGAGGUGGAGGCUCUGUUGGCUGGCCUUGAAGAUGCAAAUGGUUGUAUUGAUUAUGAAGAGUUUGUUCAUAUGGUGUUAACCAGCUGAAAAUCAAGAUGUUGACCUUUCUGUAUUUGGUACAAGUGCCUUUUCUAUCAUAAAGAAUAGAAGACUUUCUGUAUGUCUAUAAAUCUUUUAUUUCCAGUUUAAAGCCAAUAAGUGGACUACAUGAGGGCUUGUUUGUUCUAACAAUUUUGCUAGACUUGGAUAUAAAAUGUGGACAUCCCUCUUCACUAAACUGCUGCCAUUUUGCAAUAAAAGACAUGUAAAUAACAA